GGUGACGGCGCGCGGCGUGAGGGCGGUCGGAGGUGAGGAGGCGCGAUGGUGCCGCCCGGUGUUCACAGAAUCCCGGAAGUUGUAUUCACAACACAAUUACAAAGCAAACUGAGUUUUGAUGGCGUUGUCUUAGUAACCGACUCUGUUGAAAAGCUGCCUAGAGAUUUGGAAAGUUUGAAAGCUCCUCUCAGUCAGUAUAAAUCUAUUGAUUUAGCGGCGGAAAAGGAAGUGGUCUUGAUCCAUGCUGCUGUUUUUCCAGGAGCCAGACUGAUCUUUGCUCCAACGGGCCCUUUGAACAGAGACUACGAUGAUGUGCGGAGAUACGGUGAUGCAGCUGUCAGUGGCAUCAAACGUGCUCUGAAGGCCGGUAUGGUGAAGCCCCUUCUGGUCUGUUGUCCUGAUCCAGCUUUUAAGGAAGCUGCUUUGGUAACCUUGCUUGGAGCUCUACAUGCAACGUAUACGCCUUUGGAGGUUCGUGAGGCAUUCCCAGAGAAGUCCACUAAAGUAGACCAACUGGGAGUAUGGGCAUCAUCCGAGGCAGAAGGAAAGAAGUUGGUACAGCUGGCAAUGGCAUUGGAGAGUGGCAGGGCUGUUUGCCGAGAUAUUGGUGGAUCUGAUCCAGAGCGAAUGGCACCUCCAAAGGUGGCCGACUAUGUGCAAAGUGUUUUUGCGAAUUCAGUUGUCUCUGUUUCAGUGACGAGUGACCUAAAGAUUCUGGAGCAGGAAUACCCAUGCUUGGCAGCAGUCAAUCGCUGUGCUAAAGAUGUGGAACGUCACCAGGCCCGAGUCAUUGAACUGCAGUACACUGGCGAGGGCGAUAUUAACAAAACACUGUUCCUUGUUGGCAAGGGGAUAACGUACGACACCGGUGGUGCGGACAUUAAAACCGGGGGUAGCAUGGCGGGAAUGCACAGAGAUAAGUGUGGAGCUGCGGCAGUUGCAGGAUUCUUCCAGGUGCUUUCCAUGCUGAAACCGAAAGGAAUCAAGGUGGUUGGUGUGAUGACUAUGGUCAGGAACAGUGUUGGCUCAGAUUGCUACGUGGCAGAUGAGCUGAUUACCAGUCGUGCUAACAGGAGAAUCCGGAUUGGAAACACUGAUGCUGAGGGAAGAAUGGUAAUGGCUGACUUGUUGUGCCAUAUGAAGGAAAAGGCCAUCAAAGAGAAUUCUGCCGAACUGUUCACGAUUGCCACGCUGACUGGCCACGCUGUCCGAACCGUUGGUUCCAACUACUCGAUUGUUAUGGGGAAUGGUCCUGCCCACCAGGCCAAGCUUACACAAGAACUUCAAGCAGCUGGCGAUAAAAUGGGUGAUUUUAUUGAAAUCUCUACCAUUCGACGUGAGGAUUACGAGUUGCACAAAGGGAAGUCUGAGUAUGAAGAUAUCCUGCAGGCCAACAACCAGCCAUCCAUUUCUGUAUCACGAGGCCAUCAAUCAGCCUCUGCAUUCCUCAUCAUGGCUUCAGGCCUGGACAAGCACGGAAUUGAUUCAGAGAAACCUUUGCCUUUCUGCCAUAUUGACAUAGCGGGUUCAGCUGGCCCAUUCCCUGGGGUACCCAGCGGAGUCCCCGUCAUCGCUAUGGCAGCAAAAUACAUCUUAAACCGUAUUUGAGAAGUGCAGAAGAGUGUAAAAUCUCAAGUCCUGUAUGCAGACCUAAUCCCACAGACCUAAUUGAACCCGGCAGUACUGAUGAGAAUUUGCAGGCCAGUCAACAUCAGAUGUAGACUAGGGACAUGGUGACAUCGCAGUUGAUCGUCUGUCUUCAAUUCGUUUGGAGGCAAAGAUUAGAAUUAGUGUGGAGUCAGUGUCAGUGCAGCUCUCCCAGAAACAGGUAGGCUCACAAAUCUCGUCCGAACAUUCUCAGGUAGGCUGAGCAGUGCAAUACACUCUCUUAUUGAUCCUAGAUUCUUAGACCAAUGAUAUAUUUGCACUCGUCAACAAAAACAAACACAAACUCAUUAGUAUAACAGCAAACAGCUGAGUUGAAUAGAAUUUAGGCAAACGGCUCAAUAAAAAAAAUACAUG